AAAAAUCAAAAAUGAAAUCUUGGAUUGGAGCAAGCAGUCCAUGAUUCUCGUGGUCGAAAAAUGAAUGUUUGUGUGUUGGAUUGGGUUUGCAUUGGAGUUUCCUCCAUCUCGCUUGGCACAAUCGCCCAUCUUUCUCAUCUUCGAGCCCUUCGUAGAUUAUGAGAAGUCCUUCAAUGCAUUGUUUUUCUCUGUCUUUCUUCUUCUAAUUAAUUCAAAUUUUAACCCACUUCUCUCUCUCUCUCUCUCUCUCUCCGUAAUUUCUCUCUCUAUAAACCUUCAUGGGUUCUCUAUACUUUCUUCGCAUUCUUUGUCUUUCAUCAAUAAGCUUCAGAUACUAGAUUGUUUGUUUGUUCACUUUCUCUCUCUGGGUUUGUUCAUUUCUCGCUCUAUAAAUGGCGAAAACAUCUGGGUUCUUCUCACCUACAGUUCCGGGUCUGAGAAAGACGAUUCCUCCAUCAAUUGGCAUGUGUCGAUCUGUGUAUUUUUCUGGUGAGGGAAUCUCCAAAGGGGUAUUCUGCUCCAGCACCAUCGAAGGUUCAGAGAAGCUUGGUUCUGGUGUUUCACCUUCUGAAUCUCGAGUACCCAGGCUUGUCAGCAAAGGCUGCAAACUAGUUGGAUGUGGUUCUGCAGUACCAAGUCUUCAGGUUUCCAAUGAUGAUCUUGCCAAAGUUGUUGAUACUUCAGAUGAGUGGAUAUCUGUUCGCACUGGGAUCCGUAAUCGACGAAUUCUAACAGGCAAAGAAAGCUUGACAGCUCUGGCUGUAGAGGCAGCACAAAAAGCUCUUGAGAUGGCCGAGGUUGAUCCUGAUGAUGUGGACCUAGUCUUGUUGUGUACAUCGACUCCAGAGGAUCUGUUUGGCAGUGCUCCUCAGAUCCAAAAGGCACUUGGCUGCAAAGGAAAUCCACUGGCUUAUGAUAUUACAGCUGCUUGUAGUGGGUUUUUGUUGGGUCUAGUUUCGGCUGCCUGUUAUAUUCGGGGAGGUGGCUUUAAUAAUGUCCUUGUGAUUGGGGCUGACGCGCUUUCUCGUUACGUUGAUUGGACCGAUAGAGGGACGUGUAUUCUUUUUGGUGAUGCUGCUGGUGCUGUCGUAGUACAGGCCUGCAGUAGUGAGGAGGACGGUUUAUUUGGUUUUGAUUUGCAUAGUGACGGUGAUGGCCAGAGGCACUUAAAUGCCUCCACCAUGAACGAAAAUGAAGCGGAUCUUGGUUUGGGUUCCAAUGGUUCAGUGUUAGGCUUUCCUCCCAAACGCUCUUCUUAUUCCUGCAUCCAGAUGAAUGGUAAAGAGGUCUUUCGCUUUGUUGUACGGUAUGUACCACAGUCAAUAGAGUCCGCGCUCGAAAAGGCUGGUCUCUCUGGGUCUAGCAUUGAUUGGUUACUUCUCCAUCAGGCAAACCGAAGGAUCAUUGAUGCAGUUGCAACACGAUUAGAAGUCCCACCAGAACGGGUCAUAUCGAAUUUGGCAAACUACGGUAAUACAAGCGCAGCAUCCAUUCCGUUGGCAUUGGAUGAAGCUGUACGGAGUGGGAAGGUGAAAUCAGGCCAUAUGAUAGCAGCUGCUGGUUUUGGGGCUGGUCUUACGUGGGGUUCUGCCAUUGUUCGAUGGGGAUAAAACUGAAAAUCCUACACUCCUAGUGAUGAUCGCCUUUUUUUUUUUUUUUUUUUUUUUUUUUUUUCAAUUUUUUUUUUUUUUUUUUUUUUUCAGAUUUUGUUACCUUUAAAAUUUUGCACCAUGAAUAAAUGUUAAUUAUUUUUUCCAAGACAUGAAUAUAAUUUGUUUUUGAUA